AUGCAGAAAUUUUAUAUGAUGAUGGCCAUUGGUGCCGCCCUGCAGUUGACCAUCCAGGGUGCACCUAUUACAGUCCCCGUUUCGGGCAUCUGCAACACACCUCGCUGCCUCCAGACCGCUUCAAACAUCCUGAAGGACAUGCAGGCGUCCGCUGAUCCGUGUGUCGACUUUUCCCAGUUUGCAUGCGGCGGAUUCAAUAAGCGUGAGAAGCUUCGUCCUGGAGAGAAUAAGAACGGUUACCUGGUCUCCAUUGACCAACAGAACAUCGAUGUGAUUCGCUCAAUCGUAACUCCCAACAAUCCCAAGGGGCCCGUCAUCGCAAAGGGCGACAAAACCAGCCAACGUAACCUCAAGAAGCUUCACUCUUACUAUGGCGCCUGCAUGGACAACAAACAGCUCGCCAAGGUCGGUCGCAAGCCCCUGCAGGACGAGAUCCGUAAACUCACCCAGCUCUUCCCCGUUACCAACACUCCCACCACUCCCAACAACAAUAACGGCACCCGUACAGUCCUCUCACCCGCCAACCGCCAGGCCCUGUCGACUCUUUUGGGAUACAACAUGAAGCAUGGAUUCGAGAACCCUAUUGCUUGGGAUCUCUGGGAUGACGUGUACAACCCAGGUCACAAGAUGUUGACGGCGCAGCAUUCUGGACUGGGAUUGAAGGAUGAAGCGCUGUACAAAGACGAGAAGAUCGUCAAAUUGUAUGAGAAGGUUGUUGGAGAGAUGUUUUAUAUCAUCCAGGGCAAUGGAAAGCCUCAGAGCGCUGUGCCCAAGAAAUGGCAGCAGGUUGGAAAGGAUGUUGUUGCGUUUGAGAUGAUCCUUGCUGGUGUUGAGACCAAACCCAAGGCUGAUGUGGCCGCUGCCCUCAAGAAGAAGAGAUCCGAUGAUACUGGCACUGAGACUGGUACCGGUGCUGAGGAGGAGGAGACUGGCGACAGCGAGGAUGGUGACGAUGAUGACGAGGAUGAGGACGACGAUACCAUCGUCUGGGACAAGAUUUCGGAUUUGGAUAAGGCAACUCCUUCGUUGGACUGGACUGUGAUCUUCAAGAACGCCCUCCCCGCCGACGUGCCACUCCCCGAGAACAUCAACAUGCUCUGGUCGUUCUAUUUCCGCCAGCUCGAGAACGCCCUCGAGACUAUGUCCUUGCAAACCGUCCAGAACUACUUUGCCUGGACCCUGAUGCGCAACCUUGGCAAAAACCUUGCCGAGCCCCUUCAGAGACCUCUUGCCAAGCUCAAGAGCGCUCUCCCAGGCGAGACCGCUACCAGCGACCCCUGGAGGAGCUGUGUGCAACUGGUCAACGAGAACUUGGGUGACUUGGUUGGGCACUUCUUUGUCAAGGCCACCUUCCCCGAAGAAUCGCAGGCAAUUAUGAACGAGAUGAUUGGAUCUCUCCGCUGGAGUUUCGAAAAGUCGUUCUGGAACUAUGACUGGCUCGACCCCCGCACCCGCCAGGCAGCUCUCCAAAAGCUCAAGGCCAUCGUCCCCAAGGUCGGUUUCUCAACUAGCAGUCCCAAUGUCGGCCAGUCAGCCUCUGUCGACAAGUACUACCGCCCUCUCGUGAUCAAAGACAAGGACCAUUUCGGAAACCAGGUCAGAGCAAGUACUUGGAAGCAGGAGGCCAUGUUCCGUGAUAUGAACAAGCCAGCCAACCGCAUCAAACUGGCUUCGAUCCCUCAGACAGUCAACGCCUUUUAUAACCCCAACAUGAACAGUAUCGAGAUCCUUGCUGGUAUAUUGCGCGCGCCCUUCUUUGAUGCCGCCGUGCCAGAGUACCUCAACUAUGCUGGUAUUGGCGUCGUCGCUGCCCAUGAGUUGGGACAUGCCUUUGACAACAACGGACGACGAUAUGACGAAACUGGUGCCAUCCAUGAGUGGUGGGAAGAAUCGUCGAUCCAAGAGUUUGAUACCAGAUCGCAGUGCUUUAUUGAGCAGUAUAGCGAGUACACGAUCGACGGACCAGACAGCAAGAAGCACAACGUUAAUGGAUGGGGAACCCUGGGCGAGAACAUUGCCGACAACGGUGGCCUCAAGAUCGCCUACGAUGCCUGGGUGCAGCGCAAGGGCAACAACAAGCACAACAACAAGAAGCUCCCCGGAUUGGAGCGUUACACAUCUGAACAACUUUUCUUUAUCCAAUACGCCCGUGCGCACUGUGGCAACAUGACCCCCGAGGAAUCCGUCAAGAUGCUGAACGAAGACAACCACUCGCCCAAGAAGUGGCGUAUCAACGGUGUCGUCCAGAACUCUGACUAUUUUGCAAAGGCCUUCCAGUGCAAGGCUGGCGCGCCCAUGAACCCUACCAAGAAAUGUGUCUUGCUGUAG